UGAGUUUGAAAUACUGUAUGCAACAAAUUUGAAAAGCAAAUCGAACCCCCAAAACCAAAAGCGGUCUCUCUCUCAGUUUCAUUCAUUCAAAACGGAAGACCUGACCUUUGCAAUCUCUGACAAAACAUCCAAAUCUCCUUCUUGUUCGUCAACGUGAAAACAGAAAACGCAGAAUAUGGCUCCGGAAGAAUGUGAAGAAGAUUUGGAUUCGGAGAUAGAGAAGUUAGAGUUCCAUUUGAAAGAAAUGGGGCAGAAGAUUCUAGAACACCGAGCAACUCUUCCGGAUCACCUCAAAUCCACAUUCCUUUCUGUUCUCAAUUCCCAACGACCCUUUCUUCCACAACUCAAUUCAGGUGCUUCAGAACAAAACAUUUCUAGAGAGGAAAGUUCAUCUGAACCAGAAGAUCCAGAGGCUGCUGAGAAACUAAAACUAGUACAAGAAAAGAUCUCAAGCAAUUGCUCUGCUAUGCCAAUAGUUUUGAAAAGGAUGAAAGAUUGCAUUGCCAAAUUUGAUAAGUUAGAUUCAUACAAUCCUGCGUACAUACAUCAAGAUUUCAAAAGGAAGAAGACUGGAUAAAGACUAUGGAACUUGCUAGUGUAAUUUUUAUGGUAAAUCACUGUUUAAUGAAUGCAAAUUUGUUUGAUGAGGAAGAUAUGUCUCAUCUCAUGUUUCAUAGAAAAUGUAAAAUUUGAGAUACCAAAAUGUGUAGUUUUCAAUAGUGGAAUUGAAAACUUGUUUCAUUUCGGUAAGGCUAUGUCUAGUGUGAACCAUGGUCCAUGAUGGUAGAUAAUCAAAUUUCAUUGUUAAUUAGUUACAUAUUAGCUA